AUGAACUUGCUAGAAAUGGUCUACUUCUUUCAUUUUCUCUGGGCGUUGCCCGUUCUGUUAUUGUCAAGGGCCACUCGUGGCUCCGAUAUCUCGCGGUUUGAGGUUCACUCGCUGCCAGGAAGUCCUUCAUUGCCAACCAGCUGGGCUGGGAGAUUGCCGGUGCCGGACACCCAGACAGGAAAUGAUCUUUUCUUCUGGUUAUUCAAGACGGAGAAUGUGGCUUACGAUGAUGACCUGAUCAUUUGGUUCAAUGGCGGCCCAGGUUGCUCGUCGUUGAUCGGAAUGACUACAGGGAAUGGCCCUAUCUCAUUCAUAGGCAAUUCAUCCGAUCUCACUCUCAACCCAUACUCAUGGACAGAGUUGGGUCAUGUUUUAUAUGUGGAUCAACCUGUCGGCACUGGCUUCUCAACCGCCAGCACCCCAUACCCAGCGAAAAACAACGCCGAUGUAACAGCACAUUUCGUUCAAUGGCUCCAGUCCUUCCUAGACCUGUUCCCACAUCUCAAAUCCAAGAAGAUCCACCUCAUGGGUGAAUCUUAUGCUGGGAUCUACAUCCCGUACAUCGCAUCUGCUCUACUAGAGAACAACAACCCCCUCUCAUUGAACAUCCGAUCAAUGUCCCUCGGCGAUGGGUCUUGGGGGAAUGCAGCAGCAAUGGCUGACGUCGCAAUGGGCACCUAUCUACACACCCAAGCCCACCAACUCAAAAUCCCAAAAUCCAUCCUCUCAGCCUUCACCGUAGCAGACAAUAUCUGCGGUUUCACAGACACCCUCAAAAGGGCCCAAGAAUACCCACCAAGCUCCAAGUUCCACGUACCCGGAAAUCCAGAAAACAUGAAUUAUCGUCGUGACUUCCCCCGCCACCGGCGCGACCUCAUCACGGCCGGAGACGGCUCAUGCAACAUCAGCCCGAUCAACGCCUCGGGAAUCAACGACUCGAUCCUAAACUCCACCUGCUACGGACCCUGCGCAACAUUUUCCACCGCAAUGGAUUAUCUAACAACGACCUCUGCCGCCGGCACCGGACCACCCUGCUACGACGUCUACGAUAUUUCCCACAACUGCGGCACAAUCAGUCCACUCCCACUACUGGGAGAAUAUUUCAGUCAAAAGGACGUCCAGAAAGCCCUACACGUCGAAGAAAGUGGUCCUUACAGCGCAUGCAAUUCGACUAUCCUAGGCACGCUUCUCGGCGCGACUCCGCCCACCCCGCCCGCGUACGACAUCCUCCCAUCCCUCGUAACGAAGCAUAAUCUCUCGCUGCACAUCUACAAUGGGAAGUGGGACAUGCUGCUCAAUCAUAUCGGGACGGAACUUUCGAUUCAAAAUAUGACUUGGCGAGGUGGACAGGGGUUUGCGGAGCGACCUCAUCGUCCGUUCUUUGCGGACAAUGCGGCUCCUGUUAACGGUAGCUCUUGUAGUGCGGGUACUGGGGUUUGGGCUGCUGAGCGUGGGGUCUCGUAUCAUCUUUUUGACGGAGCGGGUCAUAGUGUCUUUGCGAGUAAGCCGAGGGAGAUGUUUUCUUUUGUGAGGGAUGUGGUUGUUGGACGACGGAUGGUUUAG